CAUUUGCGUUCUUAUAGUCCUCUAGUUUCUUGUCAUUCGCAACUAAUAGCAUACAAUUGGAUAUUCAUGUGAUUAAAAAUGAAAUCAUUAAUUACUUUUUUAGCAACAUUAGCUGUAGUAAAUUGUUACGUAACAGAUGUCUCGGAAAUAAAUGGUGUUUAUAAUUAUCUCAAUACUACAGGAGUUCUAGAAGCAGAGAGAAUUAGAAAAUUAGAAUACGAACUUUCCAGUUCAGGACAAAGAAUUGUUGGUGGGUCUCCGAGCAGUGGCGUGCCUAAUCAGGUUGGACUUAUCGUUACAUUGCCUGACGGACGUCAAGCGGUGUGCGGGGGUGUCAUUUACGCUGACAACAGGAUCCUGACAGCGGCACACUGCAACAAUGACGGUGUUAACAUCGCCCGCUCUGUCACGGUAGUCGCUGGUUCCAACUUCCUAUUCUCUGGCGGUACCAGAAUACAAGCAGAAAGCGUGGUCUUUCACACUGGAUAUGUUCCAGGAAAUGUUGCAUUCGAUCUUGCUAUUUUACGCAUACCUAGACUUGAUUAUUCUGAUAAUAUAAGUCCUGCAUUCCUACCAUGGGGUGACGAUAUGAACAAUGACUUCGCAGGAGAAUCUGUACGUGCGUCUGGAUAUGGCAUCACUAGAGACGGUGCCAGUAUUAGUACACAACAACCGUUAACCAGUGUUAACCUACGAGUUAUUUCGAAUGCCGAAUGUAGAUCAACAUACGGCAAUGUAAUACAAGAUCAUCAUUUGUGCACAAGCGGCGCUGGCGGUGUUGGCAUCUGUGCUGGUGACACUGGCGGUCCGCUCGUCAUACCUGGUUCAUGGAGAGAUACUCUUAUUGGCGUUGGAUCAUUUACAUCGGGUCGAGGGUGCCAGGCGGGCGCCCCUUCCGGUUUUAUCAGGGUUACAUCGUUCAUUGGAUGGAUUAUGGGAAAUUGAUUAUAUUAUUCUAUUAAAACUUGCGUUACAUACUUUUUAAA